GUACCGGUUAUGUACUCUCUUUAUUCGGUAUCCAAUUGAUAAGAUCAGUCAUUCGACAUCAUCAUCGUCGUUGUGAAUGCCGGGGGCGCUCGGGUAAGGAGGACUCUGGGAGACAGUUGAGCUGUUAGCGAUGGCGGCAAGCAGGAAAAGCAGACGAAGAGGGGACGUGGGGCUUGAGUCCCUGGCUGUUGCCCCAUAUUGUUUAUGGCUAUGCAUUCUUAUUAUCGUUGCGUCUUUCAUCGGGGCAACUUAUGCGUCAUAUCCGACAACUAUGGUGGGAGCAAGAGGAGGAAGGGGAGGAGGAGGAGGAGGAGGAGGAGAUGUCAAUGAGUUUGACUCUAGGGCAUCUCAGUCGAGGGUUGGCAGGCGUGGGUUCAACAUUCACGGUCGGAUCUGGAUCGAGAAGAUGCCGACGGUCAAGAUUAGUCAAGUGAAGCUGGUUCUGGAUGGCGGGGAGAGGGUGACUUUCCUAAAACAGGAAGGUUUCUUCAGCUUUCUGGACGUGCCAGUCGGGAUCCAUUUGCUGGAAGUUGUCGCGAUGGGGUACAUGUUUGUGCCAGUCCGAAUUGACGUCAGCCCUCGAUAUGAAGGCAACACACGUGCAAUGUGGACGGACGAAACCACCCACGUGAAGGAGGGGAUGAUGGUGCUGCACCCUUUGCAGCCGAUCGAGUACUACGAAAAGCGAGAGCCUUUCUCGGUGUCUGGCAUGCUGAAGAAUCCCAUGGUCUUGAUGGUCCUCUUCAUGGUUGUCGCUAUGUUCCUUCUUCCCAAACUGGUUGAAAACAUGGACCCUGAAGCAAUGAGAGAACUUCAACAAGAGAUGACCCCCCAACCGGCGAUGGCGAAGGUGGCUCUGGGAAAGGACAGUUGAGCUGCUGCUCUCAGCACAGGGAAGAUAGAUGGAGGAGGGUACAUAGGAGAUGUGGCGGCGAUGAUUGGGAUCUCGGGUUUGUUGGGACCGGAUCGAGGAGGGUACAUAGGAGAUGUGGGUGGCGAUCAUGGAAGUAAGAGCUAAGCUGCUGCUCUCUCCUGUGUGACCGGAUCGGGAUCUGAAGGUUUUUGGGAUGGGACAGGAUGCGGCGACGAUUGGGAUCUCGGGUUUGUUGUUGGUUCAGUGCAGUGCACAGCCCCUAUGGAGGCACGAGGAGUUGUGGUCCCCCCUGCCCCCCUCCCCCCCAUCCCGCCCCCCUUCGCGGCAAGGCGGCUUUUGGAGUCGGGAUGGCAUUGUAAGAGAGGGGGGUUGGGGUGAAAAUGUGCCGGCAGUAUGGAAGAGGAGGGGGGAGGGCGCGGUGAGGGCAGGGGAGGGGAUUCUCUGCGCCGCCGUACAACUAGGGUUGGUUGUCAAUUUCGAAGUGGAUCGAGAAGGGGGGAAGAGAGAGAACCCGGUGGGAGGGAGGGGGAGGAGCGAGGUGAGACGCGGAGUAACAGCCAGGAUAGUUGAAUGGGUUGACACAUUCGCAGUGGGAUUGGGAAGGGGCGUGGUGAUGUGACAAAGGGAGGAACGUACUUAGGGCGCAGUGGGAGAGGGGCUAGGGCGCAGUGGGAGAGGGGCUAGGGCGCAGUGGGAGAGGGCGAGAAGGGGCAGUGAAGAGGGAGAGGGGGGGGUGCCUACAGGCUCUGCAACGGCCCAGCUCUGAGAUAGUUGGGGAUAAGGACAAGAGGCCUUGUCAGCAGUGUGGUUGGAGAGGCGAUGAAGAGGGGUGUGUGUUGUUGGUAGGGGUUUUGAAACCCUAUCAGCAAGGGCGGGGGUUGGAGGGUAUCAACAGUGGAGUAGCAGAAGGGUGCAGAAGAGAAAGGUCGGGGGUAAGGGAGGAGUGCGUGUGCAGAUGGGAGAGCUUUCAUCAGCGGCAGAAAAGGAGGAUUGAAGAUUGGAAUCCGAUUUUGGCAUGAUAGCAUUUGGUGGAACUGGUGAAGCCUUCAGGUCGAAUGGGACACAGGGGAAUGGGACAGAGGGCUCGUAGUACCUACCUAAGUGACAAUCGGCAGACGGGAAAGAGAGCCUAAAUCGACGGACUUGAGUUAGUCCGUCGCACGAUCAGUCAAGAUCAAGGCCAGGACAGGCAUUGGGCGCUCAAAACUCCCUGUGUAUUCAGUGCAGUACAACUCACGUCUUCCUGCUUCGUGUGCGUACACGUCUCGAUCAAAGAGAAAAGCUCAUUUGUUCA